CGCCGUUCAUCGUCGACACCCGCGAUCCGUUCGAACGCUGAACGAUCUCGAGGAUCAGGCAGCCGAUUGAGGAGCACGAUUCGACCGUCGAUCACGGUGGAUCAGAGGCUUGAGAGGACUUAACAAUGACGACCUGGGUGAUUCUUCUCGGUCUGGUCUCCCACGUUUUCGGUCAGUUGGACCUACCUCCGUUGGUGGAAGAUGUUAGAAGCGACUACGACAGGCAAUACCCCCCCACCGAUUCUCAGAUCGAGGACAUUCUAGCGAGAUUGGACUUCCUCGGAACCGAAAGAUGCAGCGCCAAUGUCGGCGCGCAAUGGGCCUACGAGACGGACGUGAACGAAUAUACGCAGCUGCAGGCGCUGGAGGCGCAACGAAUAUACGCGGACUUCCAGAACCAGGCCUGGUUCUUGAUCUCGAGGAUCGACAGGAACAAUGUUCGAGAUCCUGCGAUCAGACGACGUCUUAGGUAUCUGUCAGUGGUCGGACCAUCGGCUCUACCGCCGGAUCAGUUGGACAGGUACAAUCGUGUGAUCAACGACAUGCUGGCGGUGUACAACGAGGCGAGCAUUUGCGCGUACAACGAUCCCUUCCGGUGCGGACUGCGCCUGUAUCCAGAUAUAUCGCAGAUCAUGGCGAAAAGUCGGAACUGGGACGAGCUGCAGUAUGUUUGGACGGAGUGGAGAAGACGAAGCGGGAUGAGGAUCAAGGACCUUUAUCAACAGCUGGUCCAGUUGAACAAUGAGGCUGCUCGGUUGAACAACUUUACCGACGCUGCCGAUUAUUGGAUGUUCCCUUAUGAGACUCCUGACCUGCAACAAGACAUUGAAGACGUUUGGGCGAUGAUAAGACCGCUUUACGAGGAGUUGCACGCGUACGUUAGGAGAAAACUGAGGGACUUAUACGGGCCUGAGAAGAUCGGCACUCAUGCGCCACUUCCGGCUCAUAUACUUGGGAAUAUCUGGGCCCAAUCGUGGACCAACAUCAUCGACGUCACGAUACCCUACCCCGGAAAAACAUACGUGGACGUGACGCAGGAAAUGCAGGCGCAGGGAUACACACCGAUCGACAUGUUCCGGGUAGGAGAAGAAUUCUUCCUGUCCUUGAACCUGAGCGUCAUGCCGUCGGAGUUCUGGGCCAGAAGUAUACUCGCAGACCCCAGGGACCGACCUUUGAUCUGCCAAGCUUCCGCCUGGGAUUUCUGCAAUCGUUUAGAUUACAGGAUCAAGAUGUGUACCAAGGUCACCAUGAAGGACUUGAUCACGGUGCACCGCGAGAUGGCACACAUUCAGUAUUUCUUGCGGUACAGUGGACUCCCUCGAGAAUUCAGGGACGGCGCUAAUCCAGGUUUCCACGAAGCAAUCGGCGAAGCCGUCGCCCUCAGCAUCUCGACCCCUAAACACCUGCAGACUCUGGGUCUGGGCAAUAAAUAUAUCGACGAGUCGACAGCCGAUAUUAACUAUCUAUUCGCUCUGGCGAUGGACAAGCUGGUGAUGCUACCUUUCAGCAUCGCGAUAGACAGAUGGCGAUGGGACGUCUUUCGUGGUUACAUCACCAGGGACGACUACAAUUGCCAUUGGCACCGUCUGAUGGAACAAUACGCAGGGAUCAAACCACCUGUUUUAAGGUCAGAAGACGAUUUCGAUCCAGGAUCGAAAUACCACAUCCCAGCGAACAUCCCGUACAUCCGGAAUUUCGUGGCUGGGGUGCUGCAGUUCCAGAUAUACAGGGCGCUGUGCAACGCUGCUGGACAGAGGUAUGUCGAUGAUCCCAGGAGGCCAUUGCACAGGUGCGAUUAUUACAGGAGCCCGGAGGCUGGACGGAUCCUGGGGAGAAUUAUGGAGAAGGGGUCCUCGGUGCCGUGGCAGCAGACGCUUCAAGAAGCCAUCGGCGAGGACAGAUUGGACGCGUCCGCGUUGAGGGCGUACUUCAGGCCCCUCGAAGAUUGGCUGAGAACGGAGAACCUGAGAACCGGGGACGUCGUCGGCUGGUCUUACGACGGGGAUUAUUGCAAGCGCAGCAUCGAGACCGCCGGUCUGCAGGUCUACGGAAGCGGGUUCUACAACGGCGGUGCCGGUUCGACGUCUACGAUGACGAUCCUGCCUGGAAUCGCGACGUUAUUACUGACGAUAUCACGGGUUAUAGGAACGAAUUCGUGGAUCGAGCCUCUGUAG